UAAGGAAUAACAUGCCUCGUGAUCGCGGCUCGCGAAAUUCCGAUCAAACUCGUCGUGCAAACGUAGCUGUUAUCGCAACGUGUCGGACGAUAAGCAAGAAGGCGGCAAUAAUAAAGGCUGCGACCGGCACAUUCCAUUUCCACUUCCACUUCUCCGGGAUGGAGUAUCCGUAUUUCUAUCGGGGACACUGGCAGACGAGGAUGGUACUAUUUGCACGUGGUUGUCAGCUGAUAAGCGUCGCGCGCCUGCGGCACGUCAUCUCGCAGCGGCGUCUUUCCAUUCCUCCUCUGGAACGUUCACGUCGGCCUAUUACAUCAGUCGGAGUCCAGCUGUCGACUGGAUCGGAACGUCAUUACGGUAGGCUCCUUGUUUUCUUCCUAUAAAUUAUUUUCAAUACCGAAAUGGGAGCCAUCAUAACGAAUAAAUGAUAUAUUAACGUUCCAUUUUAUUAGCAUAUCAGUAUAAAAAGUGCCAGUAUAUAUCAAUGUUAAUGCCAUAAAUCCAAAUUGUUCCAAACUGUUGCUUGAUAUAAAGAAAAAAUAAAUAAAACAAUGACUGAUAAAAGUAAAAAAUUAUCACGUUGGUACUUUGGUGGUGUUUCUUCUGCAGCUGCUGCAUGUGUGACUCAUCCUUUAGAUUUGCUAAAGGUUCACUUGCAAACUCAACAGGAAGGCAAGAUAUCAAUAGUACAUUCCACUAUCGGAAUAAUUAGGAAACAGGGAAUAUUAGCAUUAUACAAUGGACUCAGUGCUUCCCUACUUCGCCAACUUACGUAUUCUACAAUAAGAUUUGGAGCAUACGAGGUCGGCAAACAAACGUUUGAAUCAUCUGGUCAUCCAUUACCUUUUUAUCAAAAACUGCUGUUGGCUGGAGUUUCGGGUGCUACAGGCGGCGUUUUUGGAACUCCCGGCGAUGUGGUUAAUGUACGCAUGCAGAAUGAUAUCAAAGUAGCACCAGAAUUAAGAAGAAAUUAUAAGCAUGCUCUAGAUGGACUGUGGCGUAUAAUUCAACAUGAAGGGGUUCACCAAUUGUUCAGUGGAUGUUCAACUGCAACCAUGAGAGCAGCGUUAAUGACUAUUGGACAAUUGAGCUUUUAUGACCAGAUUAAAACAAUGUUGUUACAGACUGGAUAUUUUCGAGAUAAUCCCUCAACACAUGUUUUGUCCAGUGUAUCAGCAGGUGCUAUUGCAACAACGCUUACUCAACCCUUAGAUGUUUUAAAGACGCGAGCAAUGAACGCUAAACCUGGAGAAUUUAAAAAUUUAAUGGAAAUCUUCCUAUAUACUGCCAAGCUUGGGCCACUGGCUUUCUUUAAAGGCUAUGUACCUGCAUUUAUUCGGUUAGCACCACAAACUAUCCUCACAUUUGUAUUCCUUGAACAACUUAGAUAUAAUUUUGGAUUCUAUCCACAAUCUAUGAAAUCAUCGCUGUAGAUACUGAAAUAGUUUUGAUGAAACAGAGAGAACAGAUGAUGAACAGAGAUGAACAGAGCUUACUUAAAAUUGAUUUAGAUUUCUUUUAUAGCAAAAAUUGUACAAAUUCAUGAAAAGGAUUAAACCUUGCUAUAAAUUUGGAUAUACUUGAGUACACAUAUUGGCAUUUGAAAACAUAAUAAAUUAUAAAUAUUUUAU